AUGAAGUUCGGUCGAGAUUAUCACAAAAGCCAGAUAGCCGAGUGGGCUGAUGCCUAUGUGAAUUACGCAGCCUUGAAGAGACUUUGGAAAGACUGCAGAGCAAAGAAUGAUGUUCGAGAAUUCGUUGUGUCUUUUUCAAGCGCAGUUGAAUCGGUAAAUCUAUUUUACUGCAGCACUCAAGCCACAUUGCUCUCAAACGUAUCUUCGAUACCCAGACGGCAAGGUAGUGAUCAAGAUCCUGAUGCAGAAUUUCCGAGCCACUUCGCAUGCGAUGGAUUAAGUUCUUGCGAAUCGCGACACAAGAAGAGAGUCUUUGUAAAACUGGCAGAGGAACUCGGACGUUUACGAUGGUAUGGUCAUGUUAACACCGAUGCCUUCGAACGGUUAAUUCGAAAAGUCCGCUCCUCCGGCGCAGUGGGAAGUUCAAUUUCGACUCGGAUCGAGGGAAGCCUUUAUGGUAAGGAAUUCAAGACUCAGUAUCAAUCUUUGAAAGUCUUGGGUGAUUUGCAACAGACCAUUGCUUUGAUCACGCAAGCACAAGAGAACAUUGCUACCUCACCGUGCAGUGCCCAUAAGGGCUUUCAAGGUCGACUUGCGAGAGUCGACUCUAGUAUCCCAGCACUUCCGCUUCUUUACGAUCUUGACCGUGGCGAGCCGCUUGACCUGGAAAAACUGAUCGAUAAUGCUUGCGGUGGGCAAUUGGCUUUCUCACGGGGUCAAUUUUUCAAAGUCCUGUUUCAAUACUCGAUUCGAUUUUCUUCACGCGCAUCGGUCGAUGUCAUUAUAUCUCGUGCCCAUGCUUACGACUCGGUGGGGUGGAUUGAGAGUUGUCUUCGCGAUGUUAUCGUUGAGCUUUGCUGGACUGCUAGCGAGAAGGGCGAAGUGCUAUCAACAAGGGAUAGACUCUCUUCGUCCCUAUUGGCCCACCUGCUAGACCGCUUGAUUGUCGAGGGGCUCGAUCUUCUAUUCAAACCAGAUGACUUCGGGCAAAUACCUCUUCAUUACGCCUGUGAAGGUGGUUCGGUGGGCAUCUGCGAGCUCGUCUUAAAAUUCAUGACAACGUGGAGACAAAGUGAUAGAGCAGCAGUCCAGUCGGCCAUUCUGCUUGAAGACAGUCAAAAGCGGAACCCUUUGCAAUUGUCACUUUUCAGCGGUCAUCUAGAUGUUACAAAGACACUCAUUCAUUUCUACAACGAGGCUUCUCUAGACAUUUCCGAUGUCCCGUCACAGCUUGGAAGAGCAUAUAACGAGCUCCUUCUAUUUGCGGCGAGAACAAGGUUUUCAGAGGCUGUCGCAUGUCUUCUCGACUUUGAUGUCGACGUCAACUGCUCCGACGCAUUUGGGCAGACACCUCUUUAUCUUGCGGCUCGAUCUGGAAACAUGACUUUGGUGGAACUACUACUGCGUCACGGGGCUCUUGUUGAUAAAGCUGAAAUUGCCAAGGGUUGGAGUCCGCUGAUCAUUGCAAGCUCAGAAGGAAAUAGCGAUGUAGCCAAGAUGCUUCUCAAACAUCGUGCACAGGUUGAGCACCGUGACUGUGCAGGUUGGAGUGCCAUUGAUCAUGCAUGUUAUAGGGGUCACAUUUCACUCUCGAAAGCCCUCUCCGGAGUAGCCGAAGGUUUGGCCGCUGAACAGGUUGAACAACUCCAAGACAAACUCCAGGCUCCUGCGAAACAGAAGGCCUUCAACAGGGGACAACCAAGCCGCAAUUGUUCUGCGACUGAGAGUAAUAUCAUCGUCAACAUAGGCUCUCUGGACUCGUCGGAUACUGCACCAGCUGUCUCGUUGAGUUCGAAUUUGACCAAAAAUGCUCUUGACAUCCAUCCCGAGUCUUUAUUUUCCCUCGAUAUCUGGGUGGCGGGUGCGCCCGGCUUAAGGUACACAGUCCGGCUACCCUUGUUGAAAGAUGCACCCAAUACACCUUACACAUUUACCGUCCCCAACGCCAUGGAUGCAAAAUUGGUCUUCAAUCUGUUCCGCGCUGUACCACUAGAUGGUGAAGAUAGAAAUUUGAUUGGGAGGGGAAUGAGUUUGCUCGAUAGUUUUAAAAAAGGCGUCGAUAUGAAGCGGGAAAGUAUCAGCAGAGAUUUUAGUGUUGCAAUAAUGUCAACUGACCGCUUGGAAUAUCUUGGAACUGUUGUUUUCAGCUUCAUCAUAUCGACACCGUUAACACUGCCGAGUACUCCACCUGUCAAUACCGAAACACUGUGGUCCGAGAAUGGUCACUCGAAGAUUGUCGGACACCGAGGACUGGGACAAAACUUACCAACCCCUCGAAGACUUCAGGUUGGAGAAAACACCAUCGAGUCUUUUCUAUCAGCUGCACAUCUAGGCGCUUCUUAUGUUGAGGAAAAUGUGCAACUGACCAAGGACCAUGUCCCCGUGGUCUAUCAUGACUUCCUGGUGUCUGAAGUUGGAAUUGACGCUCCAAUGCAAGAUAUCACGUUCGAGCAGUUUAUGCAUAUCAGUAAUGAGCAGUCCGAUCAGCGGCUGUCUACAAUCUCUUUGGAAGAAAAGAAAGGAAUAUCCCAGCACCCCUUAAGCAGAAAGACACGAAGAUUGAGCCUGAGCUCUGCUGAUACUGUCCAAAUGGGGCCUUUCAUGUCCAGGAUCAAGCACACAUUCGACUAUAAUUCGAGAGGUUUCAAGGGCAACAUCAGGGGUGACUUCAUUAACGGGAAGUUUGUUACCCUCGAACAGCUACUGAGAAAGCUCCCGCAAGACAUAGCGCUUGACAUUGAACUCAAAUACCCUAUCUUCUCCGAAGCGACAGACGAUUGGAAGAUGGACCCGUUUUUCGUCGAAGCCAAUUUCUUCACCGAUAGCAGUUUGCAGUGCCUUGCCCAAAAUAUAUCCGGCCGCGCCAUUCUACUUUCAUCUUUCAGCCCUGAAAUCUGUAUUUUGCUGGCCCGAAAGCAGUCCCGUUGGCCGAUCUUUUUCGGGACAGAUUCUGGCAACUGGCAGCCAACAGACGUUCGUGCUACGAGUCUGCAGGAGGCGGUAAGCUUUGCCAACAUGUGGGAGUUAGAUGGCAUAGUAUUGGCGAGUGAACCUUUUGUUUUUGCGCCACAAUUGGUGGGAUACGUCAAAGGGAAAGGAAAGGGAAUGGUGACUGCCACUUAUGGAGAAUUCAACGACCAAGUCGAAGGGGUCAAGAUCCAAGCAGUGGCCGGUGUAGACGCGAUUAUCGUCAAUGACGUGCGUAAGGCUGUUGAAACCCUUGCUGCGAUCAGCACAAAGAACCAAAAAGAUGUGUGA